CACGGCGAAUGCCACACCCAUCAUUCAACCUUUUCCGAGAUGCCAAAAAGGCCCUGCUCUUGCGCUGAAACACGAUAAGCCUUGUGGCAUCGUUUCACUCGGGUCCUUGUGCACUUUGCCAACCUCCGCAGCAAGACGCUUGCAGCCUAACCCGUGGGAAAGCGAGGCGCAUCGAUUGUCGAGACGACUAAGCUCUGAGCUCUGGCGAUGUCGACCACAACGUCCCAAUAUCCAUUGCAUCCAGAGAGCUCUAAUGGAUCCAGCGGCUCGCCGUCCGCUCAGCAGCAGCAGCAGCAGCCACAGGGAACGCCGCAGCACAAACGCGUCUACCAGGCGUGCAUACCAUGUCGGCGUCGAAAGGUUAAGUGUGAUAUGGGAAGUGUAGACAAUCCGCACGACCCACCAUGUGUACGAUGUCGCAGAGAGAGCAAGGAGUGUUUCUUCUCUGCGACCAGAAGAAAGCGCAAGCACGACGAUGGUGGACCUGACAGCCUAGACGGCUACGACUACGAUGAUUACACUGUCCGCAAUGGAAGAAAGAUGGCCCACACCUCCCCCCCAGCAUCGAUCAGGCAAUCUUCAAUGGGAGCUCCUCCUUCUGCUCGAUCCGCAGUUCAAUAUGGAGACAAUGCGCCUGUCGCUCCUGGGCCUCCGUUGACUCCUGGCGGAUCAAUUGGCCGCCCGCAGCCUUUGCGCCGGCCAAACCAAGGCUCCCGAGAUGAUUCACAUAGGAUGGAUGGCAGAAACUCGGAGGAGUCGAACACACAGCUGGAAAAUCUUGAGGCUCAAGAAGUAAUGCGUCGGGAAGUCUAUGGUCCACAUGAUGCACUAGAUCUGCUCUAUAAAGCUGCAACUGACAGCCCGGGCCACAAGAGAACCAGUAGUCAGAUGUCGCCAGUGAUGGCAAAUAAUACAUCCGCGCACCCGCAUUUGCCAUCGCCUAUUCAAAACAAUGGAGCUCCUUUCCAGAACAGCUAUAUGCGUCCUCCAGAAAUUCGGCGAGAAGCGCAAAUUGACCCUGCAUUGACUUCAGGAGACCUGGAGAAGCCGAGCCGCAUGCAAGAGCAAGGUUAUAAAGACGCUGUCAAGGCUUGGGCAAGGUUCAGAUUUGUCAGGGCUGGCUGGUUUACACCUACAGAGGCAAUCGAUUAUAUUGAUUACUACUAUGAGUACCUUUCACCGCUUACACCAAUCUCCCCUCCAACUUUCCGGGAACCAGGAACCCACCCAACCCUCUUAAUGGAAGAGCCUAUCCUGACAGUUACGCUUCUCACUAUAGCCACUCGGUAUAGAAAGAUGCCAGGACCAGGAGGCCAUUGCAGGUCGCAUGCCAUCCAUGAGCAGCUCUGGACGUAUCUCAGAGGGAUGAUUGAGAGAUGUUUGUGGGGUCAAGAAGCUUUCGGAGGUGGCUUUUGUGGGUCUGGGGCCGGUGAUGGAGAAGCCCAAACUUCUAGCACAGCUCCAUGGCGAGGGCUGCGGAAAGGAAGUUUGCGAACUUUGGGAACUAUUGAAAGUCUCAUGAUCUUGACAGAAUGGCACCCCCGGGCUUUACAUUUUCCCCCGGCUGAGGCGACGGACGAGCUUAUGCUUCCAUCCUAUGAAGGGCCUGAUACCUACAGUACCGACGACGAAGGAGGCCAUCGGUUACCUAGAGGGGUAGGUGGGAAAAGGAUCGAAAGCUGGCUUGAACCAGCCUGGCGAAGUGAUCGUAUGUGCUGGAUGCUCCUGAGUACGGCAAUGGGCCUGUCCUACGAACUCGGCGUCUUCGAUAACGUUGACGAGCUAUUGGAAUCUGGUGGAGAAAUGACACGACCUGAGUACGAGGACGAAGCUUAUCGGCUCAGAGCAGCUAGGAUCAAGAGACUUCUUCUCAUUUAUGUCACCCAGCUAGCUGGCCGUCUUGGAUGGACAAAUAUGGUACCGGAGAACUUGCGUGUGACGGAUCCAGCAUUCGCACCCCGAAAGAGAAGAGCAUCGGUGGAUGGCAAGACUCCAGAUACGAACACGACGGUGUCUAACACUUUCAAUUACAUCCCGGAUCUCGAACUUGACGACCAGAUCAUCCACUGCUGGGCCGGCAUCAGCAAUGCAAUGCGCAUUGGCAACGAGAAGCUCUUCAAGUCGAGACAAUACACUACCAAGAUCAUCCAAGAUGGGAGUUACGUAGAACUUCUCAAAGAUUUCCAGCCUAUGCUGGCCGCAUGGACGAAGGAAUUUCAGCGAUUUCGCUUACCUCCGUACAUUCGACACAUACUCUCAAUCGAGUACGAGUACGUCCGAAUAUAUGUCAAUUCGUUGUCGCUGCAGGCCGUUGUCGAGAGAUGUACUAGCAACGCUGGCCAGCAUAACACGGCUGGCCACAACGGUAACAACACUGGAAAUCCUCUAUCGCCCGAGACUCAAAACUAUUACGGAAAGUUACCUCUGGCAAGACUUGGCGGGUUCAGUUCAGCCGAUCAAGACUACGUCAGAGAAGUCGUCGACGGAAGCAGGAAUCUUCUCAGAACAGUUGUCGAGGGGCUUUUGCCGGGCGACUAUCUGAAGCAUGCACCUGUGCGAACUUAUUUUCGCAUUAUCAGUGGAGCAAUGUUCUUGUUAAAGACUUUUGCUUUGGGAGCAUCUAAGAGUGACGUAGAGAUUAGCAUUGGACUGAUGGACAGGGCCGUUUCCGCUCUGCGGAACUGCGUUGUCGAUGAUGUCCAUCUUGGUAUUCGCUUUGCAGACCUUCUCGAGACACUGACGUCCCGUCUUCGAAGUCGCUUCAUCAGUGCUCCCACGGGACCACCCCCAGGAGAGACUUCGAGCCGCCAUGGGAGCCCAGCCUUGCAGCACGAAGGGCCUGACUCGAAGAGAGCCAAGACAGACCGCGGAGAGCAGAUACGGGAAUGGAACGCGGCGACUCCCAACUUCAGCAUGGGAACCAAUGGACCAGUAGAUCUCAACGUCUCAGCCACACCGUUUGACCUUAAUCAAGGGGCCUUCUUUGCCGCUCCCGGUACGCCUUACAACACGGGCCCUGGUUCGACCUACGGCACUGAUAUGGGUGAUGUCUUUGGUGGUGCGAGCGAUUGGAAUGGUGGCAACGAGAUGUGGUACUUGCCUCCCGGCGCGGCUUUCUUCCAGAAUGUAAAUGAGCAAGGAGUGAUGCAGACGGCGGAGGGCGUCAGUGUAGGCGGUAUGGAUUUGCUUGAUUUUAUGGCGCUGGAUGGGGGGUUUGAUGCUCCGGGCAACCCCGGAUUCUAGUUUAGGACUUGAUUUGGCAUGAGAAUGGAGAUUGAUGACUUGGAAGCGAAAUGAUUAUGAAAAUUAUCUCUUGCGAAUGCGCAAGCGCAAGCAAAGCGUUGGGGCGGCCUCUGGAGAAAGUUGGUAAAGAAUGAUAAUGAUGGAAAACUUCAAAAUUAGCUAUCCAAGUCCCUGUGUUCAAGUGCCGUUCAUGGGCUGCGGGUUCCUGCAGCUGCAGCUGAGACACUUGCAACGUCGC